CAGCGGCAGGGCGGAGGUGCCUCAGGGUCGCAGGUGCGUGGCUCCGACCCGGGCGAGGCGGCAGCUCCGCAGACGGUUGGUGCCCUCGCAGCGGGGAAGGUGCCCACGGGGUCAGCGGCCGGCGGCUGGGUUCCCCCGCAGCCGUCUCUGCCCCGGCUCUGCGGCGUAGCGGGACUGCGACGCCGGGGAGAAGUACCAGGCGUGGCUGCAGCCUGACCCGGAGGGUGGGGCGGGCCCAGGCUGCUGCGGGAACAGGAUGCAGAAGUUUGCGGGCACCUGGUCGGGCCACGAAUGUAGUCUCUGGAGAGAGGCUGUCUGAGGUCGCCCCGUCUCCUGUGGGGGCAGCCGCAGCGCUGUGACCGAGGCAGGAACUUCAUUCUCAAGUGUUAGUCCUUGAGAAAAAAUUGACCAGUUAUAAUAUGCCAUUGGCGGUACAUCAUCUUCAAAAGGAUUACGAAUUAUCCAGCCUGCCUUUGCUACUAUGGAACAGAAACUGAUUUAAACGAAGUACCUUGAUUUUUGUACUUUGUAACAUUCCUAAAGUUCUAAUCCUAUCUUCUCUUACAUUAAAAACUGCAUUUAAGUUAGAAAUAUGAAGCAGUUGAAAAGGAAAAGGAAAAGCAAUUUUAGUGUUCAAGAAACUCAGACUCUUUUGAAAGAAAUUACAAAAAGGAAAGAAGUCAUUUUUUCCAAGCAACUCAACACAACAAUUAAUGUGAUGAAGCGCAUGGCUUGGGAGGAGAUCGCACAGUGUGUGAAUGCCGUGGGAGAAGGAGAACAGAGGACGGGGACCGAAGUGAAAAGGAGGUACCUUGACUGGCGAGCACUUAUGAAGAGAAAGAGGAUGAAAGCCAACAUUAAGCUGGUUGGUUCUGGGUUUCCCCUUCCUUCAUCUGAUUUAGAUGACUCUCUUACAGAAGAGAUAGAUGAAAAGAUUGGAUUCCGAAAUGAAGCAAAUUUUGAUUGGCAAAAUGUGGCAGAUUUCAGGGAUGCAGGUGGAUCCUUAACUGAGGUCAAAGUGGAAGAGGAAGAAAGAGAUCCCCAGAGUCCUGAGUUUGAGAUCGAGGAGGAGGAGGAAAUACUGUCAUCGGUCAUACCAGAUUCCCGGAGGGAAAAUGAACUUCCUGACUUCCCUCACAUCGAUGAGUUUUUUACUCUAAACUCAACACCAUCUAGAUCUGCCUAUGACGAGCCCCAUUUGCUUGUAAACAUAGAGAAACAGAAGCUUGAGUUGGAAAAGCGACGGCUGGAUAUCGAGGCCGAAAGACUGCAGGUUGAAAAGGAGCGCCUGCAGAUCGAGAAAGAGCGGCUGCGCCACUUAGACAUGGAGCACGAGCGGCUGCAGCUGGCGAAGGAGAGGCUGCAGAUUGAGAGAGAGAAGCUCAGGUUACAGAUAGUCAACUCGGAGAAACCGUCUUUGGAAAAUGAACUCGGUCAAGGAGAAAAGCCCAUACUUCAACCCCAGGACAUAGAAACAGAGAAGUUAAAACUCGAGAGAGAACGCUUGCAACUGGAAAAAGAUAGGCUGCAGUUUUUGAAAUUUGAAUCGGAGAAGCUGCAGAUUGAAAAGGAACGCUUACAAGUAGAGAAAGAGAGACUCCGAAUUCAGAAGGAAGGACACUUGCAGUGAUUUCUCUAGGUCUCCAUUAGCAAGUGUUUGUAAACCAUAGGUUUUUCUCUGUAUCAGGUAAUAUGAAAAUGGUCGCAGGAUUAGCUGGGUUUUUUUUCCCUUUUAAGGUCAGUGUUUCAGUAGGAAAAAAGAUAGUUGUAUGUGGGUAACUGUAUGCUUAAUAGUGUAUUAUGUAAAAAUUAUGUGCCCUAGCAUAGACAGCAUAGCAGGAGCUAUUGCCCUGUACGUUAAAGUAGUGAAAUUACAUAGUGUGUAUAAUCUGUGCACUCAGUUUACAAUCAUGUCUGCGUAAAAUUCUAGCUCAGUGAUUCUCAGCUGGGGGUGAUUUUUGCCCCCAGUGGACAUUUGGCAAUGUUUGGCAAUUUUUGGUUGUCAGAACUGGGAGGUGGGGCGUUGCUGCUGGCAUGUCGUGGGUAGAGGCCAGGGAUGCGUACGUCCGGCGGUGCACAGGAUAACCCGCCACAAAAAGAAUUGUCCAACAGAAAUGUCAGUAUUACUGAGGGGAGAAACCCUAUCCCAGCCUGACUGUGCACCUCUAUGGCUUUGUUUUAUAGUUUCAGAAUAUUAAAUCUCAGAUAUUUGUGUGGGUAGUUACUUAAAUGGCCAGCAAACUUUAUGAAACAUUACUGUGUAGUAUGUAGAAUUUAGAAAGUGAUGAAAGUUAUAGAUAAUUUAUUUCCAUCUAUAAACUGCUUCAGAAACAAUACAGGGAACAUCAGUGAUUGUCCAAAAUGAGUUACUUUGAAAAACAGUUCAUUCAUCUAUUGGUGCUUUAGAAGCAACACACACUUUUUAAGCUUUAGUUCCCUUUCUUCUUUGAAUCCAUUGUAAAAUUGUCAUUUCAACCAUGUACUGAAAUCUUAAAGUAAGUGAAUGGUUGAAGCUAGUAAAAAUGAUGCCAAUGUAAAAAUGGUACCAGUAGUCCAUGAGCUUGAACUCAGUGAGUGGUUAUUUGAUUUUUAAAAUAAAUAAUAGUUUUUUGGGAGUAGGGGUGGGAGAGAAUGUCCUCUGAUUCAUGAUGAUGAUGAAAUAAUGAUAAUAGUUGCUGUGUGUUAUGAAUUAGGGAAGCACUGUCUGACCUAAACUGUAGAACAGUUCUUGA